CAGUGACGUCAUUUCAUGGCGCCAAAAUGCCAGCUACGGUUUAUGUAGCCAUAGAGGUUGUGCUUUUGUUUUUACACCUUUCAUCUUGAUUUUUUGCUUUUACAAGUUCUUUCAGUUUGCUUUACACGUACGGUAAUUAUUUACUUGCAUAAUUUUAAAUCCCGCUCUUCAGCCCGUCCCCCUCGCCAUGCCAGAGGAUGAUUAUUUGACGCCAAGUUUUAUGUCAAACCAAAUACACAAGGAUGUUGGGUUUGUGCCUCCAGACGGACUCUGCUGGGUGUCUGUGUUGUCUUGUUUACUGCUGGCAUGCUCGUAUGUCGGAAGUUUGUAUGUGUGGAGAAGCGAUCUGCCAAGGGACCAUCCAGCGGUCAUCAAAAGACGCUUUACCAGUGUGCUCAUCGUGUCAACCCUUUCUCCGGUGUUCGUGUGGGCAUGGAAAGAAUUCACGGGCGUGAAGCCGGAGCCAUCACUGUUGGCGCUGAUGGGCAUCCGCCUGGAGGGCCUGGUGCCAGCCAUAAUAUUGCCCCUCGUGCUCACCAUGGUGCUUUUUCUGGGGCCCCUAAUCCAGCUGGCAAUGGAUUGUCCCUGGGGGUUUAUUGAUGGCAUUCGAGUGAUUGUAGACCCUCGUUUCUGGGCGCUCUGUUUGAGUGACAUGCGCUGGCUGCGGAACCAGGUGGUGGCACCUCUGACGGAGGAGCUGGUGUUCCGCGCCUGCAUGCUGCCCAUGUUGGUACCCUGUGCUGGCCCCAGCACUGCCAUCCUCACGUGCCCGCUCUUCUUUGGCGUAGCCCAUUUCCACCAUGUGAUCGAGCUACUGCGGUUCCGGCAGGGCACCGUUUCGGGGAUUUUCCUCGCUGCAGUUUUUCAGUUCUCAUACACUGCAGUGUUUGGAGCUUAUUGCGCCUUCAUUUUCCUCAGAACCGGUCACCUGGUAGGUCCGGUGCUGUGUCACUCCUUCUGCAACUACAUGGGUUUCCCUGCAGUGAGUGCGGCCCUGGACCACCCGCACCGGCUCACCGUCCUCUCCUUCUACCUGAUGGGCGUGCUGCUCUUCUUCCUGCUACUCUUCCCCAUCACUGACCCCCUCUACUACGGCUCCCCUACACCCCCCUGUACCCUGACCCCCAUCCCUAGCUCCAUCUGCCCCUGAGGAGGAAUGGGGGCUUUUAGACAGGGUGUGUGUGGGGUGGUGCGGUGUGGAGGAAUGUGGAUUGAUGCCCACCUCCCAUGCCCGUACACCAACAACCCCCCCCCCCCCCCCCCC